AUGCCGCUCUACCGUCCAGUCCAAGAAGAUGGUCUUGUAGCGAAUAACACAAGACUUACCUCUAAACACUCUGUUGUACUGAGAGGGAAGCUGGGUGAAGAAGAGCCAGCUGUAGUGAAGCUGGAUGAAGAAGAGCCAGCUGUAGUGAAGCUGGAUGAAGAAGAGCCAGCUGUAGUGAAGCUGGAUGAAGAAGAGCCAGCUGUAGUGAAGCUGGAUGAAGAAGAGCCAGCUGUAGUGAAGCUGGAUGAAGAAGAGCCAGCUGUAGUGAAGCUGGAUGAAGAAGAGCCAGCUGUAGUGAAGCUGGAUGAAGAAGAGCCAGCUGUAGUGAAGCUGGAUGAAGAAGAGCCAGCUGUAGUGAAGCUGGAUGAAGAAGAGCCAGCUGUAGUGAAGCUGGAUGAAGAAGAGCCAGCUGUAGUGAAGCUGGAUGAAGAAGAGCCAGAUGUAGUGAAGCUGGAUGAAGAAGAGCCAGCUGUAGUGAAGCUGGAUGAAGAAGAGCCAGAUGUAGUGAAGCUGGAUGAAGAAGAGCCAGCUGUAGUGAAGCUGGAUGAAGAAGAGCCAGCUGUAGUGAAGCUGGAUGAAGAAGAGCCAGCUGUAGUGAAGAGCCAAUUGAAGUGA